UUCUCAUUACCCUUCAUUUCUUUCUCUUCAAAAUCACUUGCAAAACUAGUCCAUUCUCAACUCUCUUCUUCUCUCUCUUUUGUCACUGUCAUAAAAUGGAAGCAUCACAUUUCUUACAAAGCAGCAGCUUUGUUACAACUCUGCCUCACCAGAGGCAUAUGCAUGCUCAUAAGCUGAGGCGCUCUCAGAUCGUUGCAGUGCUUUCAACGCCGGCGGAUAUUAUAAACAUAGGGGCAGAUAAAAGCAGUAUAAGACCAGCAGAUGGUGCAGCAGAAAAGAAAAGUGUCUAUAAUGAUAACUGGUUCGAUAAACUGGCCAUUGAUCAUCUGUCUCAAAAUGUCCAAGCUGCAUCAGGGUUGAGAAACAGCAAGACUGGAUUCGGAAGCUUGGUAGAGGCAGCUAGCGCUGCGUCGCGAAACUUUAAUCCAGAAAAACAAAGAGAAAUAGUCGUUCAAGCUCUUCAGAGUGCAUUUCCAAGGCCAAUACUAUCCCUGAUUAAGGCAUUACUACCAGAAUCUAAAUUUGCAAGGGAAUACUUCGCCAUCUUCACCACCAUCUUCUUCGCCUGGCUGGUUGGACCAUGUGAGGUGAGGGAAUCAGAGUUCAAUGGAAGCAAAGAGAAAAAUGUAGUCCACAUACCAAAAUGCAGGUUCUUGGAGGAAACCAAUUGUUUAGGGAUGUGCAUUAACAUGUGUAAGAUGCCAUCUCAAAGCUUUAUAAAGGAUACACUCGGAAUGCCAGUCAACAUGGUUCCAAAUUUUGAUGAUAUGAGCUGCCAGAUGAUAUUUGGGGAGGAGCCUCCGGAGCUACUCAAUGAUCCAGCACUCAAGCAACCAUGCUUCAAACUAUGCAAAGUAAAGCAAAGGCACAAUAACUGCUCCAGUUAGACACCAUGGGGACGCUUUCCAAGGCAAAAGAGGUCCUGGUGUUUGGGAAGAAAUACAUGAAGUGAUGAAAACAUUGUAAAUAAUGGCAAUCAUCAAGCGGUUGAAUAUGUUUUCAGAAAUUGACAGCUGAAGUUUGAACAUGUAGCAGAACAAAGCAAAAUCAAAUUCUAGGAAGUUUGCGGACCACAUUUGGAAAAUACAUAAAACUUGCAGCUGGAACAAGCAACUGAGAGAUUAUGGUGUCAACUCAAGCAAUUUGUUUAUGACAGUUGAGUACUUGAGAGUAUAUAAGAAAAAAAAUGAGACAUGAACAAACAAGGAACAGUCAUGUACUAGACAGAUGUAGUAUUUCCAACAUACAUUACAAUUCUACGUACUUAAUUGUCUAA